ACUUCCAGUUUUGUGAAGCGCCUUCGACCGCCUGGUAGCGAACCCCUUCACGGCUUCACCAAACAACAAGUCCGUCUUCUCCUCAAAAGCAAUCAACUGAAGGAAAAAAGGAAAAAUUAAAAAAAAAUGUCAAAUUUUAGUCUUAGAGAAGGAACGUCUAGGAGAGAAAAGCCAAAAGGCCGUCAUGGUAUAAGCCAACAGAAGAGGCAAGAGAUAAAGGAGGCAUUUGAUUUGUUUGAUACUGAUGGUUCUGGUACUAUUGAUGCUAAAGAAUUGAAUGUUGCCAUGAGGGCAUUGGGAUUUGAAGUUUCGGAAGAGGAGAUUAAUAAGAUGUUUGCUACUGUGGACAAAGAUGGAAGCGGAGCAAUUGAUUUUGAUGAAUUUAUGUACAUGAUGACAACCAAGAUUGGAGAACGGGAUACCAAAGAAGAACUCAUGAAAGCUUUUCGUGUCAUCGACCAAGAUAAAAAUGGUAAAAUAUCUGCAAGGGACGUCUGGAGUAUUGCCAGAGAGCUGGGUGAGCAUUUCACCAAGGAAGAAGUCCUGGAGAUGAUAAAAGAAGCAGAUCGCGACGGGGAUGGGGAAGUUGAUCAAGAUGAGUUCUUGAGGAUGAUGGAAAAAACCAGUUAUGGGUAUUAGUUGGCUGUCUUGGUCAUAUGGCAAAAAAAAAAAAAUAGUGGACUAUACAUAUCCUCUAAGUUGAUACUGCAGGCUCUUCUAUCUAUGUAUAUUUUUCAAUAUCAUGUAACUAACUGCUAAAGUUUGUUUUAUGUAUGUAUUGAUAUAUAGAGGCUGGCAAAUGCUUUAUGUGUUGUAUUUAAGUAUACGAACCGUGAAGGUGAAUGUAAAUUUUACUUCCGAGA